AUGUCGGCAUGUGCCUCGCAAAAUGGAGAUGCCCCGUCCUUGCUGUUGUUUCUUACAAGCUCCCAGCUCGACCUCAAAAGCGACUGUUGGCGGCAAGCAGGCAACAGCAGUAGAUAUCUCCGGGAGAGGGCGACUUUGCUCGGCAAUCUCAGCGCUGCCCAGCUUGCCCGAGGCAGCCCCGAAAGGGCUCUGGAGGCAGCCCGAUCGGCGAGUGGCAUGGACACAGCCUACACCAAAGCGUACUUCCGCGAAGCCAAAGCGUUGUUGGCGCUGGGGCGACCCUGUGCCGCAGUUAGUGCUGCCCGGCGAUUGUAUUUCGUGGCCGGGAUGGACAGAGCCGACCGAGAGGUCCGAAACCUGCUGGAUGCUGCUGCAGAACAGCUGCGCAAGCGUCAGCACAGGCCUCGUGUGUCGUGCAGCGAAAGCUCUUCAGCUCCUGCUUCUGACUUGGAGUCGACCGUGGAUCUUCCAGAUCUGGUGGCUGACUGUUGCAAUGGGGAGGAACUUGUCCAGCUGUCACAGACAUCGCGGCGGCUGCGCAAGCAGCUCUUUUCCGAAGAGGCGCUGCUGUGCCGGGCGUCGCAGCUUUGUCACAGCCGGAGCUGGCUUCGGCGGGAUGCGGCAUUUGGCCAAAGUGCUGGAUGGGCAUAUGCGAUCCACCUAGCGCAUGCCAGGUCUUCUAUCAGGGACCGGCUUGCGGUGUGCCGGACAGAUGGGAAGGUGGCGCUUGUAGAUCCAGAGACGGGAGACCAGCAGCUUCUGCCCGUUCCUGGUCAUGGUGUCGACUUCACGCUGUGCUGGGGCCCUCGCAGUGAAUUCGUGGCGUUCACAGCCAUGAACAAGGCCUCGGGGGCUGCGUUAAUCGUGAUCCCUACACUGCAGCGAAGUCAGCCCUUGGUCAUACCCCUCAUCCCCUUCCUGACGCCGUAUUACCUGUCACCAUCACCUUGCGGCACACGCAUUGCGUUGUUGGGCAGUGUACGCGGUCAGCAGGCUCUUCUUGUGGCAGACGUGGCCCAGCUUCUUGUGUCCUGCCGCGGAGAGGCACCUGUUGCGCGCCUUUGUUGUCUCGGUACGGCAGCCCCCCUUUACUUUGACUGGGCACCCCAUGGGCCUGAACUUGUGCUGGCAUGCAAUGAGAACAAGCUGGCCCGGAUCCGGGCCGAUGUCUUGAACGAAGUGGAAGACGCCGUGCAGACUCUACCUUGCUGUGAGCCAGCAGAGGUCCAACAGGAGGCUGAGCGCCACCGCAGGGCGGCAGAGCAGGCACUGCGCCGCAUCGAAGAGCAAGAGAAGGAGUUGGGCCAGCUCGAAGAUCACGUCGCAGGUCUCGAGGAGCAGCUCGCGGCCUCACAGAGCUCUGCUCAGCGCCAGGCAGCAGAGCUGCGCGAGGCCCAAGCCCAGGUAGGGGCUUUGGAGCGCGAGCUUCGCGAAUUGCGAGAGACGCGGGAAGAGCCCGAGAACUCCGGGAGAAGAAAAACCGUGCGAUUGAGCAAGGCAGAAAUGGCCAAGGAGGACACAGCAGGAUACCGAGCAGCUGAAGCCAUGGAAGCCAUAAAGCGAGAGCACGACGAGGCGAUGAAGGCAAAACAAGGCGAAUUGGACAAGAACCUGCGAAGCCUGACUUCGCUACAGGAGCAGCACAUGCAGUUGCAGCAGUACUGUGAAGAGCUUCGAGCAGCCUCUCACGAGAUCCAAGGAUACCUUGAAACCGCCGAGUCCGAGAACAUCAAGCUCCAUGGGGAAAUCGAAGAACUGCGUGAGGUAAUGGAAGCACAUCACUUGCAAAAGGCUCUCAAGACAGUUUGCGAGAAGAGGGGAUCGUUGCAGCUGGCCAUCUUCGCUGAGAGCGACAGUUUAGCCCACGAGCUCCAGAUGGAAGAACCCCAGGAGAAUCAGCAGCAGGAAGGAGAAGCCCCGAUGCAAAAGACGAGAAGCGUAAGCAUCGCCGAGGAGGAGGAGGCCCCGAAGCCGCGGAGGGAGGCAACGGCCCGCAGUGCCCGCAGAAGAAGCAGCAGCGUGGGAGCGAGCAAGCUCGCUGCACUCCAAGAGGAAUACGAAGAAAAGUUUGAAAGCCAGAGCCAGCAGCUGCAGGUGGCGUUGCAGAAUAAAGAGCGCAUAGAGAAAGAGAAGCAAGAGGCCAUCGACUCUCUGCAGAAGCAGAUCGAGGAGCUCAAAGGCAAGGUUGGAGAUGGUGGAGGAGAUGCUCUGGCAGGUCUCUUUAAGAUGAUGUCUCGCAUCAAGGACCUCACGACUGAGGCCUCUGAUGCGGUGCUCCUGGGCUUUGCGCCUCCCGAGGCGGCCGUGGCCUUCCAGGCCGCUCGCCAGGCGGACCCGUCCGCGGAGGCCCAGCGUGCCGAGCAGGCGCUGAGGUUCCGGUCGAAGUCCGCAGCCAGUGACGUCAGGAGCCGCCUGCAGGGAAGGCGCCAGAGAAAAGCGCAGGUCAAGAGCUUGGACUCUCUACCCGGAACCGUCAUUCAAGGGCGGAUCUCCUUUCGAGCGCCCCAGUGGCUUCCGUGGCCAGAUGCGACCGAAGGGCGCUGGCUAGUUCCCACCGAUGCUCCGCAGACGGGCCGGGUCUCCCUGGCGCUUGUCGACCCAGCCACUGGGCGGUCUGACACCGUUUGUGAGAGUCUGGCUCCAGAGGCCCACUUCACGGCAACACCCAGUGGCUGGGUCGCUUGGUGUGGCCUCCAUGACAACCGGGGACACGGUGGUGUGUUUGCCCGACGAGUGCUUCCAUCCAUGGGCCCUCCGAUCAGCGUAUUCGCGCAUGCAAAUCGCGUUGAGGGCAUGAGCUGGGGCGGCGACCGCUUGGCGCUGUUGAUACACGCUCCCAACUGCCUGGUCUGGGCGGUAUGGGAUCCAGUGGAAGCAGCGAAGACAGGAAACGGCUUGUACGUGGCUCCACAGGGCUUCAUCCCCGGUCGCUCCUUCUCUGGACGGGUUCUGCCCUUCUUCGAUCAGUUUGAGCGACGGGUGGACUACUGGAACCCAGGACAUGAUGCCUUGGUUUAUGCAGACUUCAACGCCGAAGUCUGGGUGCAGCCAUUUCCACGGCCGCCCGAACCACAUGCACAGGAAGAAGUGCAUCCAUUGCAGUCCCUAGCCGGAGCCCAGCAGCUGUCUCUGGCGCCGGCGCGUCGGAGGAUAGCCGCAGGCAGCUACGCCUGCUGGAGCCCCUCGUGA